AUGUUCAAUGAAUUGUGCACAUUGUCUACUUUAGUAUCUGUCAAAUGGAACGGUAAAAAGUAUCCUAUCGAGGUUGAUUUGUUGCAGUCUGGCAUCGUUUUCAAAAUGCAACUUUUUUCGCUGACUGGAGUAGCUCCUGAGCGACAAAAGAUCAUGGUCAAAGGUGGUAUGCUCAAGGACGAUGUGAUUUUAAAUACUCUUGGACUCAAAGAGAUGAUGGGCACCGCUGGUGAACUCCCAAAAGCUCCAGAAAAAACAACUGUGUUUGUAGAAGACAUGUCUGACACUCAACUUGCGCAAGCACUUAAAGUUCCUGCUGGUCUCAUCAAUCUUGGAAAUACAUGCUACAUGAAUGCCACUAUUCAAUGUCUAAGAGCUGUCCCAGAACUCCUCGAGGCAAUGGAACACAUUGAACGACCAGCUAAUCAGGAUGCUUACUGCGAUCUUUCUGUUUCUAUGCGAUCUUUAUUGAAAGAACUAAAUGACUCGGGUGAAUCUAUUUUACCCAUGGUAUUUCUUCAGGUCUUGCGUUCUGUAUUUCCUCAAUUCGGCGAGUCUAACAAUCAGGGAUUUUUGCAACAAGAUGCUGAAGAAUGUUGGGGUCAAAUCAUUCAAGCCUUGAAUGAAAAAAUUCCUGGCAUUUCUGUUACAGGUCAAGUUGAAAAGGGAAAACGAUUUGUCGAGCAAUAUAUGACCACUGAAACGAUUUCUACUACUCAUUGCACUGAAUCUGAAUCUGAGCCCAAAACCACCGCUGUUGAAUCAUUCAACAAGUUGCGUGUCAAUAUUAGUGCUGGAGUUUCUACCUAUUUGGUAUCGGAAAUUGCAAAUAGCUUGAUUGAAAAAAUUGAAAAAAAUUCACCAAGUUUGAACCGCAGUGCCAAAUACAGUAAAUCAUCCAAAAUCACACGAUUGCCACAGUACUUGACUGUUAAUUUUGUACGUUUUCAGUGGAAGCCCCAAGAAAAUGUCAAGGCAAAGAUUCUCAAGAGAGUCCAAUUUCCUAUGGAGCUAGAUAUGGUGCCUUUUUGCACUCCUGAACUUCAGGAAAAACUUGCACCAGCCAAACAGCGUUUAAAAGAAAUGUCUGACAAAAAAGCGGAUGAAGCGAAAUUAAAGAAGCUUGCUGCAUCGCAACCUGGUGCUUCUACCAGUGCUGAUGUGGAAAUGGUCGACUCUUCAAAAUCUACAGAUUACAAAAAGUCUCACUUUGAAGCUCUUAAAAAGCUCAAUGUGGAUGACAGCCUUGUUAAUGAUCCUGGAGCCAAUCCUUCGGGUCAAUAUGAUUUGGUUGCAGUGCUAACUCAUGUUGGUCGUGCUGCUGACUCUGGACAUUACAUUGGCUGGGUCAAAAGCCAAACAACUGAUAACUGGUGGAAAUUUGAUGAUGAUCGCGUCUCGCAAGUCCAGCCAGAGGACAUUGUCAAACUUGAGGGUGGUGGUGACUGGCAUACAGCCUAUAUUUGUCUUUAUCGAUCCAAAAUUCUUGAAUAA